ACUGCAGAGAAAGAGGGAAGGACAGAGGGAGGUAGAAAAAACACAGAGAGGGAAAGAUGCUUGUCAGAGUGGUGCUGUUUUAAAAAAGAUCCACCUAACAGAGAGGAAGAACGUGUGAAAGAAGGGAGGAGGAAGGUUUGCUUCACCAGCGGUUUGCAGACAGAAUCCCCCCACUGAAACUGGCCACGUCGACCCCGUCCUGAUUGAGCGGUACAACACCCCAGGUUUUGUCGGGUGUCUCUCGCGGGUGAGGUUCAACGAAGUCGCCCCCCUCAAGUCUGCUCUGAGGACAUCCACACAGCCCGCGUCCACGCCCACGGCCCCUCCCUCCGACGCCGAGCCCGCCGCAGCCUCGCCCGUUUCCUACCGGGGAAAGUUGGUUCCGUCGAACUGUGGGGCGUCUCCACUCACCAUCCCACCAAUGUCUGCAGCAACAGACCCCUGGCAUCUGGACAACACAGAUGCAGAAUUCCCCUUCAAUGAGGAGAGAGUCAUUCCAGAUGGAGUCAACAGGGACUCGGCCAUCAUUGGAGGCAUCAUUGCAGUCGUGAUCUUCACCAUUCUAUGCACGCUGGUGUUCCUGAUCCGCUACAUGUUCCGCCACAAAGGCACGUACCACACCAACGAGGCCAAGGGCGGCGGCGAGUCGGCCACGGAGUCAGCAGACACGGCCAUCAUAGGCACGGACAACCCCGAAACCAUUGACGAAUCAAAGAAAGAGUGGUUCAUCUAACAGCCAAUGAUGGGACUCUGAGCAAGGCAACAGUUUGUGAGACCAUCACUCCACACAAACGGAUGGGGGUUGAAUCAAAAGACUAAAUACUGGAGAGAAACAGGAUUGGCUAAUCGAAGGACCCUAAAUUCCUCAGAGGAGGCGGUAUGUUGGAAAGAUGUGUACAGAAAUAGUUUUCUUUUUUGUUUUGUUUUGUUUUUCUAUUCAGAGGAUUAAAACGAGAAGAGGGGGGGGCACUUUCAUUUUCAUUGGAGCACAAAUGUAAGAAAUUUUACAUGUAUAUACUAACCAGCUUGUCUUUCUUUGUAUCGUGCUUGGGAGUUUUCAGGAGUCCUUUGAAUACUGUACAUGACAAAUAAUUACACUUACUGGGUGGUGUGAUAGCAAAGAUUUAUGGCCAGUCCCUGUUGCUUUAUGAUUUUAUAUUUUAACAAAGGUCUUAUAUCAAAAAAUGAUCAAAUCGACAUGCCAAACUUGUUUUGUUUCGUUUUUCUAAGCUGUGGUUGCACCUGUCUGUUAACAUUCAUCUCUGUUGAAUGAAGCGCUGCAUAUCGUGGUGACAGAGUUUAAAAAGGAUGCCAAAAGUCUCUUUUGUAAAUACACUACCUUUAGUUGCUUUCUCUUUUUCUUAAAAGAUUUAUUUAGAAUCCAAACAUGAAUGAAAAUGUCAUAUCUAUAUUACAGUGAUAUUCGUCCAUUAUAUUAUAUAAGUGUGAAAUACAGAGUUUUAUGUUUAAGUCUCAUGACAUUCGAUUGUAUGGGAUGGGAUCCCCAAUGCCGAGGGACAGAGAGAGUAUUUUUCAGAGCGAGUUGGUAAAUAAUGACACAGCAGGAUUGGUUUAAGCGUGUCAUCAUGGCAGCUUUUUUAUUAUUCAGAAGGAGCCUUGACUUCUUCAGACGUGGGCGGUCAGUUUGUUUUUUUUGCCAAACACUCAAGUCUUAUUUCCAUUAUUAUUACGUUAAAUGUUUGGCUUUUUGGGCUUCUUGGAGGUUCACCGUUUCUUCACAUGCUAGGCUGACGUUCAGAGCGUGCGCACGCAUCAGUUUGUAGGUCAAAAGUCGUCCGCGAGUGUCAGUGGAGGCAGCUUGAGCAGUCACACAGAUCAGAUCCAACAACUCGGCUCGAAUUAAAUGAGUUUCGUCGACGCGCUUUGCUCCGUGCUAUAAGAGGUGACAGAAACCAGUUUGAUCUGAACAACAUCUGGAAUAAAGCGAAGAGGAUAAUUGGCUUACGAAUCCACUGUGCCUUGAAGGUGUUGAGCCACGUCGCCUCGGCCCACACGACUCAACUCAAACCCAUCGCGAAGAAAACUUGACUUUUUGCUGCAUGGAUUCUUUCCAGGUGUUGUCACGCUUCCUGUUUUGAAUGGUGCUUUUCAUUUUCAAAAAGUCAUCGAAACUUAUUUCUGAAUUCAGAGUGCAUUUUUUUAAAAAGGAACAAAAACAAGUUGAUUUUUUCUCUUUCUUUAGUCGUCAGUGUGGUUGAGUCUCUGCUGUGGUAGCUGGGCGGGGUUUUACGUGGCAGGAGCAGCUGUGUAGACGUGCGAGAGACCUACUCAACACUCGAGAAGUUUACACCUACCCUCUGUGAUGCGCGCACACCAACACAAAUGCGCACGUUUGAUAUAGCAUGAGUCAAGACCAUCAGCUCCAAGAACGAUAUGUUUAGAACGAGGAGGCGCAGACUGGACGCUGUUGUCCAACACGCAUUCAAAUGAUACACAACUUCUCUUCUCUCACCAUCUUUUCCUCUGUUAUGUUUACCUGUUCCUGUGUUACGGUUAAAAUGAGCUGCCAACUAUGUGGUUUUGUUGUGAAUUAUGCCUUUUAUUUCAGUUUGUUCCAGCAGCUCUCAUAUGACAAAAAUUUUUUGUUCAUCAUAGCCAUCGUUGUGUGUUAUAUGUUGAUCGUUUUAAACGCAGCUGAUGUGUUCAGCCUGCCACCUAUGAAGGCCUCAAAGAACAUUUUUUCUGUUCUCGCAUCACAUUCAGGCUAAGGAGGAACCCUAUUCAUGACCUUGAUUUAGUUUUACUCAGUCUCCACAUGUACGUGUACGCACAGAUACAUUCAACUGAAAUGUGGUUUCAGCAGCGAUGACAACAAACUAAACCACAACUGGUA